CUUUUCAUUGUGUCUCAGGCUUUAUGCGCAUAGAAGCGUUGAUGGACUACCUAAAACGCGGCCAUGACUAUUCUUUAGUUUCUCUCUGGUAAUAGCAAUAGUGUAUAUGUAUGUUUAUAAUUUGCAAAUGAUUUGAUGAAACUGGAGAAAUAAGGUUAAAAUAUAUGACUUAAAGACAAGAACUCAAAAAGGUUAAAGGUUGAUUACCCGCAUUAUUUUCAAAGAUGAGUCGGAAGGAAGCGUUGUCUCAAUUUAUACAACAAAUUCAUGGACGGCCUGUCGUUGUAAAACUGAACAGUGGUGUUGAUUACAGAGGUGUGUUAGCUUGUAUAGAUGGUUACAUGAAUAUCGCACUUGAACAAACAGAAGAAUAUGUCAAUGGACAAUUGAAGGAUAAAUAUGGAGAUGCUUUUAUACGGGGAAAUAAUGUAUUGUAUAUUAGUACACAAAAACGUAGGAAUUAAUCACAAAACAAAAUAAAAAUUAUUUAAACUA